UUUACUACAAAGGAUGGUACCAUCUUUUUUAUCAAUACAAUCCAGAGAGUGCAAUGUGGGGCAACAUCGUUUGGGGACACGCGGCAUCCACCGAUUUGAUCCACUGGAUUCACCUUCCAACGGCUAUGUACCCCGACCAAUGGUACGACAGCAACGGUGUCUGGACCGGCUCCACCACUAAACUCCCCGACGGCCGUUUGGUCGUUCUCUACACCGGAGCCACCGAUGAUUUCGUGCAGGUCCAAAAUCUAGCCUACCCCGCCAACCUGUCAGAUCCCCUCCUCAUCGAUUGGGUCAAGUACCCCGGUAACCCGGUUAUUGAACCCCCUCAAGGUGUCCGUGACCACGAUUUUCGUGACCCGACAACCGCAUGGCUUACUCCCCAAGGCAAGUGGCGGAUCUCAAUCGGGUCGAAGCAUAAUCGAACGGGUAUUGCCUUAUUAUACGAUACCGAAGAUUUCAAAACGUUCGAGCUACUAGGCCAGAUGCUCCAUGGGGUGUCGGGCACGGGUAUGUGGGAAUGCGUGGACUUUUAUCCGGUUUCCAAAACUAAGAAAGUCGGGUUGGAUACGUCCGAAAACGGAGACGAUGUAAAGCAUGUGGUCAAGACUAGCCUUGACGAUGAUAGAAAUGACUAUUAUGCCCUUGGUUCCUACGACGAUAGUGGAAAAUGGACCCCGGAUGAUCCUAAAAUUGACGUUGGGAUUGGACUUAGGUACGAUUAUGGGUUGUUCUACGCGUCAAAAACUUUUUUCGACGACGACAAAAAGAGGAGGGUAUUAUGGGGAUGGAUUCCCGAGAGCGAUAGCGUAGGAGCCGACAUUAAGAAGGGUUGGGCGUCUCUUCAGGCUGUCCCUCGAACGGUAUUGUACGAUAAGAAAACCGGGAGCAACUUGUUACAAUGGCCGGUUGAAGAAAUUGAGAAGUUGAGGUCUAAAAGUUGGGAAUUUAACCAUGAUUUAGAACCGGGUUGCGCCGUGCCACUUAAAGUCGACGACGCAUCCCAGUUGGAUAUUGUAGUGGAGUUAGAGUUAGAUGAAGAAUCUGUGAAGAGGGCAAAUGUGGAAACUGAGCCUUCUGACAGCUGUCAAGGGAUUGGAGGAGGAUCAUCCAAACGAGGUGCAUUGGGGCCAUUUGGUAUAAUGGUGUCGGCUGAUAAGGACUUGUUUGAGUACACCUCCCUUUACUUUUACAUUUCCAAAUCAAGCAAUGGCGAUCUCAACACCUUUUUUUGCACUGACCUAACAAGGUCUUCGGAGGCAAGGGAUGUGCUGAAGCCAAUAUAUGGAAGCAUUGUUCCCGUUCUUAAGGGCGAGAAAUUAACCAUGAGAAUCUUGGUAAUAUUUUUUGUUUUUGUUUCUAAUCGAUCGCGAUAA